AUGGUGAAUGCUGUGGCUGAAGAGCUGAACUCUGAAGAAUUCCAAGAAGCUGUGGGCCUCCAAGGCCAUGGUAAAGGGGGAGCAUUUGCAAAGCCUCGAAUUCAUGACAAGCCUUCACUGUCUGCUUGGCCAAGCCAUGUUGUUACACUGGGACAGUAUGUGGAUCUUAAAUGUGACUAUCAUAAGGAGUCUUCCAUGUUCAAGCUAUACAAAGAACUUGGACCUCCUAUCCCUCAGUUCCAUGACAGAAUAUUCUACAAAACCCUUCUCUUGGGUCCCGUGACAACGGAAUUUGGAGGAACCUACAGAUGCUAUAAUUACAAUCAUCAGUACCCUAAUGAACUGUCAUCACACAGUGACCCCUUGGAGAUCAUAAUUUCAGGAAUCUACAGGAAGCCUUUCUUGUUGGCCCUACCAACUUCCCUGGUAAAAGCAGGAGAGAAGGUGACCCUGGAGUGUCAUUCAGAGAUUAUGUUUGAAACCUUCAUUUUGACUUCACAUAGAAAGAAAAUAAUAAAGACUUCUUUUAAGCUUUCUGCAGAAUCUCAUCUUGGGGGAUCCCAUGGCAACUUCUCAAUAGGUCCUGUGACACCUGACCAUGCUGGGACUUACACAUGCUAUGGUUCUUACAAUCGCACACCAUAUGAGUGGUCCAAAUCCAGUGACCCUGUUGACAUAAAGAUCACAGGUUUAUACAAGAAACCUUCUCUGUCAGCCCUUAUAGACCCUGUGGUGAUGUCAGGAGAGAACAUGACUUUGUCCUGUGUCUCUGACAUUCACUUUGACAUGUUCCAUCUGACCAGAGAAGGGGUGACUCUGGGGCAGGGGCUGCCUGCAGUGCAGAGCCACAAUGGGACAUUCCAGUCCAACUUCCUUCUUGGACUUGUGGUCCAGGGAAGGACCUAUAGAUGCUAUGGCUCUUUCAAAAACUCUUCACAUGCAUGGUCAUCCCCAAGUGACCCCAUGUGUCUUCCUGUCACAGGAAACUGCCCUUCUUCUACAGAACCAGACUCCAAAACUAAUAAUCACAAGCUCCUGUAUAUUCUGAUAAGACUGUUGGCCUUCAUGAUGAUUGUCCUCCUCAUCUUAGUUCAUUCUUGGUGCUAUGCCAAAAGGAAUAAAUAUCAGGAAGAAGCUACCAUUGUGGACCAAGAUUCUGAAGUGCGAAUUCAUGAGAAGCCUUCACUGUCUGCUUGGCCAAGCCAUGUUGUUACACUGGGACAGUAUGUGGAUCUUAAAUGUGACUAUCAUAAGGAGUCUUCCAUGUUCAAGCUGUACAAAGAACGUGGACCUCCUAUCCCUCAGUUUCAUGACAGAAAAUUCUACAAAACCCUUCUCUUGGGUCCAGUGACACCGGAAUUUGGAGGAACCUACAGAUGCUAUAAUUACAAUCAGUACCCUAAUGAACUGUCAUUACACAGUGACCCCAUAGAGAUCAUAAUAUCAG